UUUCCUCUAACCGCAGUCUGCACGCUGCAUUACAAUACAAACGAAUUUGAAAGGUACGCAAAGUCUUUGGAGUGGGUAACACGCUAAGCCUUCUGCACGUAGUAAGAUAAUAUCAAACGGUCGGUAGGCGAGAUGUUUGCUUAAAGAAAGGCGCCAAUUCCAAAUUCAAUUCCGUCAGCAAACCACGUAACCCAAUAGAUAUUUUUUUUUAUUAGUUAAAGGCAGUGUUUUUUUUUUAAUUUCUUCGUGAUAAAUUCUUUCAAAAAAUGGGAUACAAGUGAGUCAGUGAAUUUGUGUUAAUAUUCUUUUGAUGGAUGUGUAACAUUCCUUAAGGGAUGCUCUCUGUGAUCUUUGAUACUUACCUGGGAAAAAAUGAGACUUAUAAUCCUGUUGGGUCUACUUCUGGGUGUCCUAUAUAGCCUUCACAUCCUUGUAAAGGAUUUCCAGUCAAUAACAUCCGGUAAACUAUUAAUGAAAUUUCUCUUCAAAAGGGAUGUAAGCUCACAAAGCUCAAAUCGGUAUCACACGGUGAGAUGGAAAAAGAUAUUACUCCACGACACGAUACAAUGCGCCCGGUACCUGUAUUGUGACCUCGGAGCGAACACAGACAAUGAAAUUCGAAGAGGUUUCGCCCUAAUGUUAACCUUAGAGCCUCUCGAGGAAGAUAAGUCGUCGUUACAAGUUUUUCAACAAGCAUACGAACUUGGAAGGACGUCAGGAGUCAAGAGCUGUCGAAACGAAUAUCCAGUUUGCCCUUUUGAUGGAAGAUUUUUAUUUCAAGUAAUAGCAUAUUUAUUGAAAACAUAGUAACAAAAUGAUGGUUGCAUAAGAUUUUACAUUCAAGUAUUAACUACGUAAUUUAUUUAAAAUUACUUUGAAUAUGUAGUUAAAGUUGAAGAUUUUAAACGUAAACUAGCUAACUUUUGCGACGUCACUUAUCCGAGUCCCAUAGGAAUUAUGUUGUACUAGCUUAUACUCGCGACUUCGUACACGUGACCAGAAUAUAUUCACUGAUAGGGAUAAAAAGUAAUCUAUGUCCUUCU